AUGUCAUUUACAUUUGUUGCCUUUGCCUAUCUAGCGGCACUUAUUCUUACAGCUUUACUUAUCUUUUUUGCUAUAUGGCAUAUCAUUGCAUUUGAUGAGUUAAAAAAUGAUCAUAAAAAUCCAAUUGAACAAUGUAAAUCAUUAAAUCCAUUGAUCAUUCCUGAAUAUGGUACACAUAUAUUUAUCAAUAUUUUAUUUCUACUCGGUGGUGAAUGGUUAACAUUAUUUUUUAAUAUGCCAUUAAUUGCAUAUCAUAUAAAUAAAUUUCGUACACGUUCAAUUAUGAGUGGACUUGGUAUCUAUGAUCCAACAAGUAUUAUGAAUGCUCAUACAUUAAAUUCUGCACAACGUGAAGGUUGGAUUAAACUCGGUUUCUAUAUGAUUACAUUCUUUUAUUAUCUUUAUGGUAUGAUUGCUGAAUUAAUUCGUGAUUAA